GCCGCCCCGACGGCGACGCCAGGAGAUUUUCAUCUCAUUCGCUAUCGCGUCGGAGGGCCGGUGCUGUGCCAUGAGCGGCUGGACCUCUUCACCUCAGGGUACGUGAUGACGCCCGACUUCGACGACUACGGCGAGUCGGUGGUGGCCGACGCGGACGUGCAGGAGGUCCACUUCGUGCACCGCCAGGGCGGCCGCGUGGGAGGAGUCGCCGCCAAUCGGGUCUACAGGUUCAGACGCCUGCCGACCGCCCAUGAGGUCUGGGCGGCGCUGCGCCGAGGGGCGGGCCAGGGCUACAGAGCUCUGCCCGUCUCGCCUUUCUUGCUGACGGUGUCGGCGGUGAUCUGCUCGGGGCUGCCUGCUGGGACGGGGGCGCUGGCGGAUCCUGCUCUGGGGGUGCCCCCGCAGCCGGCCGCCAGGCCCGCCGCGCCGCCCGCCGCGGCCGUUGGGCCCUUGGCGCUGGCGGCCCGACCUGGCGCUGCGGCUGCCGCCGGAGGCGCUGGCGCUGCUCUGGUGCCGGUGGCCGAGGAUGUCGAUGGGGCGAUCACGUUCGGCGCGAAGGUGGCGGUCGGGGCCCCAGGAGGCGCGACCCUAGUUGGUCGCGUGGGUCGGCGGGGCUUGCUGUCGCUGGCGGGCGGCUUGGGAGCGAGCGCGGUGCUCCUGCAGGACGCCGAGCUGCCCUGGUUCACGCAGGAGUACCGCGGCAGUGACGCCCGCACGCUAGAGUUUCCGCCUGGGGCUGGGCAGCGGGGUGGAAACGGCCGAGAGUGGCGCGAGGUGGUGGGGCUCUGCCGCGAGGAGGCCACCCCUGGCUUCGGGGUCGCGCCGCCCAGGACGGCGCAGUGGUGCGCGAAGUACCAGGUGAAGGAAGGCGGCCCGAUCCUCCAUCGUAAGAUGUGGAAGUCAAAGCGCAAGCUGAAUUCGUCCGACUUUGGAGUCGACAUCCACGAAACCAUCUCGAAGAUUCUCGAGUUGAUGGGCUCCAACGACAACCUGGACGUCUUACACCUCUCGAGCGCGGAGCUCGGCUACAGGAAGCCCCAGUUGAUCGAGCACUAA